CGCUCGCCAGGAGGGGCGGGGGCUGUGGAGCGACGGCAGCGAGCAGGCAGGCGCGGAGCUGCCCUUCCAUAGGAGCCGCCAUUAGCGCUGGGACCCGGUGACAGGGUCUCGGCGUCGGCGGCCGGCGCGGCGCGGGGAGCGGAGGCAGCCGGGGUUGGGUCCCCGUUUGAUGGAUCCCCGGAUCGCCUGGUUCCAGCCAGAGCAGCUCGGCCCCUCGAACCGCCUGUGGAUGCAGAUCUGGGAGACCACGCAGGGGGUCCGCAACCUCUACUUCCAGCAGCAGCAGCAACAAGAGCAGCAGCAGCAGAGCGCCCCCGCCGGGGCCGGCCCGGCCUCCCCGCCCGGCAUGUACCGCGCCCCCCGCGCCGACCCCCAGCCCGACUUCCUGCCGCUUGAGAGCGCCAACAACCAGCACAACCGCAGCCACCACCAGGCCUCGCCGCCCCCGGGGGCCGCCGCCUGGGCCCGGCCCGCACGGGGAGGGGGGCCGCCCGCCGCCGCCGCGGCGGCCGCCAGCAACAAGAGGAAGCGCGACAACAAGGCCAGCACCUUUGGGCUCAACUACAGCCUCCUGCUGGGGCCCCCCGGGCAGGGCCGGGCCCCCGCCCUGGGGGACGAGCCAGCCGCCCGGGCCCAGAGUGGCCUGGUAGAGCCGCUCUACACCGGCACCCCCUGGAAGAAGAGGAACUACAGCCAAGGAGUCGUGGGCCUUCAUGAAGAAAUCAUUGACUUCUACAAGUAUAUGUCUCCCAGACCUGAAGAAGAGAGAAUGCGGAUGGAAGUGGUGAACAGGAUAGAAAAUGUUAUAAAAGAGCUCUGGCCUAAUGCAGAUGUGCAGAUCUUUGGAAGUUUUAAAACCGGUUUAUAUUUGCCUACAAGUGAUAUUGAUUUAGUUGUAUUUGGAAAAUGGGAGACGUUACCUCUUUGGACCCUGGAAGAAGCUCUUAGAAAGCACAAUGUAGCAGAUGAAAACUCAGUAAAGGUUUUAGAUAAAGCAACUGUACCUAUUAUUAAACUGACAGAUUCCUUCACUGAAGUAAAAGUUGAUAUAAGCUUUAAUGUACAGAAUGGGGUUAAAGCAGCCCAGCUCAUCAAAGAUUUUAUCAAGAAAUAUCCUGUAUUACCUUAUCUAGUUUUAGUAUUGAAACAGUUCCUGUUGCAGAGGGACCUUAAUGAAGUCUUUACAGGUGGAAUCGGUUCAUACAGUCUGUUUUUAAUGGCUGUCAGUUUCCUUCAGCUGCAUCCCAGGGAAGAUGCCUGUGUGCCCAAUGCCAACUAUGGUGUUCUUUUAAUAGAGUUUUUUGAAUUAUAUGGACGUCACUUCAAUUAUCUGAAGACUGGAAUCCGAAUAAAGGAUGGUGGCUCUUACGUUGCCAAGGAUGAAGUGCAAAAAAGCAUGCUGGAUGGCUACAGACCAUCAAUGCUGUACAUUGAAGAUCCAUUACAGCCAGGUAAUGACGUUGGGAGGAGUUCCUAUGGUGCCAUGCAAGUGAAACAGGCUUUUGAUUAUGCCUAUGUUGUUUUGAGCCAUGCGGUUUCCCCAAUAGCUAAAUAUUACCCUAACAACGAAACAGAAAGUAUAUUGGGUAGAAUCAUUAGAGUAACUCAAGAAGUGGCCACGUACAGAGACUGGAUAUCAAAGCAAUGGGGAAUGCAGAGUAGGACAGAGUCUUCGUGUAAUGGUAAUGGAGUAACCUUGAUAGUAGAUACUCAGCAGCUUGACAAAUGCAACAAUAAUCUUGCUGAAGAGAAUGAAGCACUGGGAAAACCUAGAAAUAAAACUUCAGAAACACUUAGUAAACAUUCUUCAAAUUCUUCAUCGGGUCCUUUAUCAUCAUCAUCGUCUACACUGUCCAGCUCUAGUGAUGUAGAUUCUGAUGGAACGCCUUGCAAAACCUCUAAGCAAUUGAGCUGUCGUCAGUCCACCACAAACAGAGUGGGGUCACAAGAAGUGUCACUGGAAUCCUCUCAGUCAAGUGGGAAAACACAAAGUAGCCAAACAGUUAAUACAUCCAGCAACAUGAACAAAUCUCAGCAUGGAUCUGCACGGUUAUUUCGCUCUUCUAAUAAAGGCUUCCAAGGUCCAACAAAUUCAAGCCACGGUACCUCAGUUACAAACAAACAACAUCAAGGCAGCAAAUCACACCAGUUUUAUCACGGCAAAAAGAGGAAACACAAGAGGGAUGCCACCCUUUCGGACCUUUGUAGAUAGUUGCCUAUUUUAUGACUGUUCUUCUCUGUGCAAUGAUCUCAUGCUACAGGAUAGUUUGAUAGUGACUCCUUGGAUCUCUUCCGGAGCUUCAGACUGUUCAGACAUUGAUUAGCAACUGCAUUUUUUUUUUCCCAGCUCGCCACGGAAUGGAUCAUGAAGAUUGAUCACUGCAAAAAUAAAACAAAACAAAAAAAAUUAAAAAGGAAGGAAAAAAAAAAAAGUAAAAAAAUUUUAAAAAGAAAAAACUUUUUUUUAAAAAAAAGAGGAAAAAGGCUACUCAUUUGAUAAGUCAUAUGCUACAACAGGGUCAUUUAGGAUAUAAAAGCUUGAAUGUAAAAUACAUGUAUUUCCCAUCAGCUCAUGCUGACCUGUAGAGGUAGUACUCAGUGUGUCUAAGGGGUGGUAACAAACAAAUAAAACACAAAAAAAUAAAAAAGGAAAAAAAAAGGCAAAAAAAUUGUAUUUUGAGGGAAACCCAGCCUUUAAAGGUGAAACUAAUUUGUGCAUGAUUUUUUUUUAAUUAUUUUUGCAUAUACUUACCAUUUUAUUGUGUAUAUAUAGAUGACCAUAUAGGAAAACUGACAUUUGUAAUAGUGGAUUUGUUAAUACUUUUUACAUAACAUUACUGUUUAAAUUGUAAACAUCAAUUUUUUUCUCAGGAUUAGUUUGGAAAAUAAUCUGAAUUGUCAUCUUAACAGUCAUUACUAGUGUUAUUGCUCAGAAGUUCUUUUCUUGGCAUUCACAAGGUGUAAUAGAACAUUUGAUCUGUUCAAAAGCUGUUCCUCUGAAAGAAAGGUUUAUGGUGGCAAAUGAAGUUUUCAUUUGUGUAAAGUGUACUUGUACUUUGUGUAGACACUGAGCUUGUCAUCUUGGAGAAGUAACCUUCAUCUUGUUUUCUAGAGUGCCAUCGUUUCAGGCAAUGGGAUUUUAUAGCUGCAUCCUCCUCUUGCUCCCCUUAGUGGUCUGCUGACCCUUCCUGGUUUGUUUUUUGUUUUGUUUGGUUUUUUUUAAGAGAUAUAAGGCCUCUUGGGGGCUUUUUGUUUGGUUGACAGUGGUGGUUGUUUUCUUCUUUUUAUUUUUUAAAAAUCCCAAACAACCAAACAACAAAACUUGCUUUAUUGCAUACCUUUGCAUUCCUGGGCUGCUUUAAUCCUAUGCCUCUUCGUUCCUUCCCUUUCUCGGUCUGGGUUUUUUUGUCUUUUAUAUUUUUGCUAACUCCUGUAGGAGAUGAUAACUGUUGAAGCUCUAAGUAAAUUUUACAAUUAAAGUAUGUUUUUCUCA